AUGGCUCUCCCCUCAGAAUGCGAUGUGCUCGUCAUUGGCGGCGGUAAUGCCGGUUUCUGUGCAGCCAUUUCGGCCGUCCAAGCCGGCGCAAAACACGUUGCCAUUAUCGAUAAAUGUCCGGAAGAAUGGGCAGGAGGUAACUCCUACUUCACGGCGGGGGCGAUGCGUACCGUCCACGGCGGAUUGCCGGAUCUGCUUCCCAUCGUGAAUAAUGUCGAUGCGGAAACGGCGAAGAAGAUCGAUAUGAAGCCAUAUACCGUGGAUGACUUCACGGGCGACAUGAAUCGUGUUACAGGGCGGCGCACGAAUCGCGAGCUCUGCCAGACACUCGUCAAUGAGUCGAACUCGGCGAUCAAGUGGCUGGCGAGUAAUGGUGUACGAUUCCAGCUCUCUUUCAAUCGACAGGCGUAUGAAGUCAACGGUCGGCUCAAGUUCUGGGGCGGUCUUGCGCUGAAGACUCAAGACGGCGGCAAGGGUCUUAUUCAGGAUCACUUGCAAGCAGCCCGGAGACUGGGUAUCCAGGUCUUCUUCUCGACCGCUGCUCAGAAACUAGUAACAGACCCGGUCUCUGGAGCCGUGACGUCCGUGGUGGUUUCGCAUCAUGGCCGCGACCAGACUAUCCGGGCUGGAGCUGUGAUUCUCGCGGCCGGAGGCUUCGAGGGUAACCCGCGCAUGCGCGCGCAGUACCUUGGACCACACUGGGACGUAGCGCUGGUGCGCGGCACGCCCUAUAACUCCGGGGAUGGAUUCGAGAUGGCAAUCCGGGAUGUCUCAGCCAAGCAGGCGGGCAACUGGUCGGGAUGUCACUGUGUGGCGUGGGAUGCUAACGCGCCGGCCGAUACGGGCGACCGGGAGAUCUCCAACGAGUUCACCAAGUCCGGGUAUCCGUUGGGCAUCAUGAUCAAUCGGCAGGGAAACCGGUUCGUGGACGAGGGGUCGGAUCUGCGCAACUAUACGUAUGCGAUGAUCGGACGCCAGAUUCUCAACCAGCCCGGCCACAUGGCGUUCCAGAUUUGGGAUUCCAAGAUGAUCCCUUGGUUGCGAUCGGAGGAGUACCGGCCGGAGGUGGUGCAGCAUAUCAGCGCUGCCACGAUCAGUGAGCUGGCGGAGAAGUGCGCCGAGUUUGAUCUCGAAGAUAAGAAGCGCUUCGAGCAGACCAUCCAUGACUAUAACAAGGCGGUUUAUGAGCGCCAGCGCAGGCAUCCGGAUGGGAAAUGGGAUCCGGCUGUCAAGGAUGGACUUACCACGCAGUCCGAGGGCUUGGAGCUGGCAGUGCCCAAGUCAAACUGGGCGCUUCCUAUCGAUCAGGGACCGUUCCUGGCUGUUCGAGUCACGGCAGGCAUCACUUUCACGUUUGGUGGACUGGCGGUUCGUCCGGAGACAGCCGCGGUGGUGUCGUCGACGACAAACCAGGAGGUGCCUGGAUUGUACUGCGCGGGCGAGAUGCUGGGAGGACUGUUCUAUGAUAACUAUCCUGGAGGCAGUGGAUUGACGUCGGGAGCUGUCUUUGGACGACGAGCUGGUCGGGCUGCGGCGGCGAGAGUGUCGAACCGACAGGCACGGUUGUAG